GGGAAAAAUAACAAAUGCCGAUGGUUUAUUUCAGUAAUUAUUUUUUCAUAAUGUUCGCGAUUCGAGAAUGUUUUAUUUCGUUAUAUUACAUCUGGAUCACUGUGUCACUUUUGGCAGGCAGGAAAAUUCAAAAUUUUAUUUCGUACAAUGACGUAAACACGUUAAAUUAAAUAUUAAGAAGAUAACAGUAAAUAUUACACAUAUUAGGACACAUUGGAAUAAUUUCAUGUCGAGUUCAAAAUGAGUUGCAGGAGCAACAAAAAGCCUGAAUUAUGUUGGAACGACAUGGAAGAACUGAAAUAUUUAAUUUGUGCGAUCGAGUGUUGUCAGUGUCCAAAAAUACCACCGCCACCCGUAUGCACCAUGUUACUGCCACCCAGGAUUGAAGAGCUCCCUGCUUUAAUACCCCCUCCAGCGCCUUGUUGUCCACCCCCUCCUUGUUGUGUGCCUCCUAUAGCACCUGGUCCUUGUUGUACAGGUCCUUUGCCAGCUCCACCGCCACCAAAGUGUUUCCCACUACCUCCACCACCCAAAUGUUGUCCUCCUUGUUGUCCAUUGCCGUGUUAUCCAAGUGAGUACUUAUAUAAUGCUUGACAACAUUUUUUGCUAGCAGGUUAAACAAAAUUAUACAGGGU